AUGGCUUGUCACGUAUGUGUAACCUGUGGCCUUCAAUAUCCAUUCGCAUCAUCAACUCCUUUGGAGUGCCUUGUAUGUGAAGAUGAUCGACAAUAUGUUGGUAGCAAUGGUCAACAAUGGACAACGCGAGAAGAAAUGUUGAACAAAUAUGAAAAUAAGAUUAAAUGCGAGGAAACCGGAUUAUUUUCAAUUUACACUGAGCCAUCAUUUGCCAUUGGUCAGCGUGCAUUUUUAGUACAAACGUCACAUGGCAAUAUUCUCUGGGAUUGCAUUUCGUUAGUCGAUCAAAAUACUAUUGACUAUAUCAAUCAAUGCGGCGGUCUCACUGCAAUAGCCAUUUCUCAUCCACAUUUUUUUGCUACAAUGGUAGAUUGGAGUCAUUUGUUUGGUAAUAUUCCCAUUUAUCUUCACAAGGAUACUGAACCAUGGGUAGUGAGACCUGAUAAGUGUAUUCACUUUUGGGAUGGUAGUACGAAAGAUUUACUUGGUGGAAAGUUAAAACUCAUUCACACAGGUGGACAUUUCGAAGGCUCGCAAGUAUUAUAUUGGCCGGAAGGAGCGUCACACCGUGGGGUAUUAUUAACUGGAGAUGAGCCUCAUAUUUGUAUGAAUUCCAAACGAGUUACAUUCAUGCAUAGCUUUCCAAACUACAUUCCGCUCAACGAACGAAAAGUUAAACGAAUCAUGGAACGGUUACAACUGGUGAACUAUGAUAGACUGUAUGGUGCAUUUAGUGGUGGAAGUAAAAGUGGAGUAAUUCAUGAAAAUGCACAAAAGAUUGUUCAACAGUCAGGUGAACGAUAUUUGAAAGCUAUCUCAAACGAUUGA